AUGAAAUUAAAAUUUCUUGUAAAAUAUUUAUCAUUUAGUGUGCUUAAUAAUAAAGUAAAUGCAUCUCAUUGUUCACAAUCAAAUGAUGUUUCAGAAACAUUUUAUAAUCCUUAUCAAGAUGAAGAAAUAUCUCAUAAGGCGCGCCCAUUUAGCAGUAAAGGUUUCUCAAAAAAAUCAACGACUUUUAAAAAUCUAUCAAAACAACGGUGUUCAGAACCAUGUAAACAUCAUAAAAGUGGAUCAAAAAAGUGUGGUUUUAUAUCUUCAUGUCGAAAACCUGUAAAAUUUGUAUGUGGAAAUUGCUCUUUUAAUAACGAUUUACAAUGUAAAAUUGAAUUUUGUUCUAAAAUUUUCUAUUUUGAUAUUUAUAAAUUAUUAAAUAGGAAUAAAAAUGAGAAUGACGAUCAAGUUGAUCAAAUAGAUCGUAGUGAUAAUUCAAAUGAAUCUUUUUCGUCUAAUCCAAUCAAUGAUUUUACUGGUGGUAAUAAAUCAUUUACUAAUGAUAACAACAAAGACAGUCAAUUAAUAAAUACAAAUGAUUUUUCUUCAGUUGAUUCAAAAAAUUUUUCUAUUAAUGAAAAUUUAAAUAAUAACUCAGAUUUGCAAAAUAACGAUCCUUAUUCUAAUCAAAUUACUUCACCAGUUUUAAGACAAGAUCAAGAUAUUAAGAAUCCUUAUUAUUAUAAUCAAACAAUUAACACUUCUAACAGCAAUAAUGUACCAUUUACAAAUAAUUCUUAUCCUGUUAAUCAAUUUAAUAAUCAACCUGUCUAUAACCAAGAAAAUUCUUUUCAAUAUCAAAAUGAAAACUCACCUUAUCUUUAUAAAGAAAAAUGUUUUAUUAGAAAAUGUAAUAAUUCAAAUCAUAGGUACAGUCCAUAUCUUAAAUUCUCAACUAAUUAUCAACAAAAUUCUUUUAAUCAAGGACUGUUAUUAAAUAAUUCAGCUCAAGCAAACAAACAAUCAUUCAUUAAAAACGAAAAAACUUUUUAUCCUCAUGACAAUUCAUUUGUUUUUAAUAAACCAUCAACUGUUAUUAAUGACCAAUCUCAACCUAAUUUUGAUACUACAACCAAUCCUCAGUAUUUCUCUCAAACAUUUAACAAAUUAAUUGAUAAUGCUGUUUCAAAAUCUUAUAAUUUGAUUUCAUAUGAUGAAUUUUCAAAAAAUACUAGUGACUACAAUCAAAAUUAA